CAUUUCACAGCUCACUGUUCCGCCGUCAAAGUCCAGAAGUAAAGAAGACAGAGCUAGCAGGAUGACUCAGGAAGGUCCGGAUAUGCCCACUUUCAAGUGCGUGCUCGUCGGCGAUGGCGGCACCGGAAAGACAACCUUCGUUAAGCGCCACAUGACCGGCGAGUUCGAGAAGAAGUAUGUGGCCACACUGGGCGUGGAGGUGCACCCGCUGAUUUUCCACACCAACCGCGGCGCCAUCCGCUUCAACGUGUGGGACACCGCCGGCCAGGAGAAGUUCGGCGGCCUGCGCGACGGCUACUACAUCCAGGGCCAGUGCGCCGUCAUCAUGUUCGACGUUACCUCGCGAGUCACCUACAAGAACGUCCCCAACUGGCAUCGCGAUCUGGUCCGCGUCUGCGAGAACAUCCCGAUCGUCCUCUGCGGCAACAAAGUCGACAUCAAGGACCGAAAGGUGAAAGCGAAGAGCAUCGUCUUCCACCGAAAGAAGAACUUGCAGUAUUACGACAUUUCUGCCAAAUCGAACUACAACUUCGAGAAACCAUUCCUUUGGCUGGCGCGCAAGCUGGUUGGUGACCCCAACCUGGAGUUCGUCGCCAUGCCAGCCCUGCUGCCGCCCGAGGUCAAGAUGGACAAGGACUGGCAGGCGCAGAUCGAGCGGGACUUGCAGGAGGCCCAGGAGACCGCCCUGCCCGACGAGGACGAGGAUCUAUAAGCAUAUUUAUAGUUAACUGAGAGGGAUGGCCGGAUUUGCACGCACCGGGGCAACAGGAAAGAGGCGAACAGGAGAACUCGAGCAGAGCAGUCACCAGCAACCACUACUGAAUAGGAGCAUCAGCAAUAGUCUACGAUCCACACUAUCGGAUUGCCAGCAAAGGAUCGACCUUCACCAGCAGCCCUGCCAGCCUUCUGCCGUCGAUCGUAAUAUAUAUUUUUAGAUCCACUCAUUUAUAAGUCGGUUAAACAUGAUUUUUUUUUUGUUUGUUUCCAUUGCGUUGGCUUCUGGCAGAUUCUGAAAUUGUCUUUAAUGGUAGCAAAAACGAAAAAAUACCCGAAAAUCAAGUAAAAUAAAAAGUCGAAACACGUAUUUUUUUAAAACUUGCAA